ACCAGCGGCUGUUGAUUGGUUAACGGCUAACCUCCUCUGUUGUUUGACAAUCGCCUCGUGCGUGGCUUUCGAUCAUAUUUUUGACUUUCCUUAGGCUGUAUAUUUCCUCAAAAUGGGUAAGCUGAAGUGUUAUGAGUUGAGAAAGAAAGACAAGAAGGAGUUGGAGAAAUUGCUCAAUGACUUGAAAACAGAAUUGAGUCAGCUCCGAGUGGCCAAAGUGACGGGUGGUGCUGCGUCAAAACUCUCUAAAAUUAAGAUCGUGCGCAAGUCCAUUGCCAGGAUUUUCAUUGUCAUGCACCAGAAACAGAAAGAGAACUUGAGGAAACUGUACAAGAACAAAAAAUACAAGCCCCUGGAUUUGCGACCAAAGAAGACCCGCGCCAUCCGUCGACGACUCAGCAAGAGGGAAACUAAUGCUAAGACCCUAAAACAGAUCCGAAAGACGUCCAUCUUUCCUCCCAGAAAAUUCGCCCUAAAAGCCUAGAUUAAGUACCUCUUUCUCAUUUUUGUUUCUAUUUUUUAAGAAAAAUACAGUUUUUCCACUCAAAA